AUGGAGGCUCGCGGGGAGCUGGGCCCGGGCCGGGAGUCGGCGGGCGGUGACCUGCUUCUGGCGCUGCUGGCGCGGAGGGAGGACCUGCGCCGAGAGAUCCCGCUCUGUGCCGGCUGCGACCAGCACAUCCUGGACCGAUUCAUCCUCAAGGCUCUGGACCGACACUGGCACAGCAAGUGCCUGAAGUGCAGCGACUGCCACACUCCCCUGGCCGAGCGCUGCUUCAGCCGCGGGGAGAGCGUGUACUGCAAGGACGACUUCUUCAAGCGCUUCGGGACCAAGUGCGCCGCAUGCCAGCUGGGCAUCCCGCCCACACAGGUGGUGCGCCGCGCCCAGGACUUCGUGUACCACCUGCACUGCUUUGCCUGCGUCGUUUGCAAGCGGCAGCUGGCCACGGGCGACGAGUUCUACCUCAUGGAGGACAGCCGGCUGGUGUGCAAGGCGGACUACGAGACGGCCAAGCAGCGAGAGGCUGAGGCCACCGCCAAGAGGCCGCGCACGACCAUCACGGCCAAGCAGCUGGAGACGCUCAAGAGCGCCUACAACACGUCGCCCAAGCCGGCGCGCCACGUGCGCGAGCAGCUGUCGUCGGAGACCGGCCUGGACAUGCGCGUCGUGCAGGUGUGGUUCCAGAACCGCCGGGCCAAGGAGAAGAGACUCAAGAAGGACGCGGGCCGGCAGCGCUGGGGCCAGUAUUUCCGAAGCAUGAAGCGCGCGCGGGGCGCCUCCAAGUCGGACAAGGACGGCGCGCAGGAGGAGGGGCAGGACAGCGACGCCGAGGUCUCCUUCACCGAAGAGCCGUCCAUGGCUGAGAUGGGCCCCGCUAAUGGCCUCUACAGCAGCCUUGGGGAGCCCACCCCAGCCUUGGGCCGGCCCUCAGGAGCCCCAGGCAGCUUCCCGCUGGAACAUGGAGGCCUGGCUGGCCCAGGCCCAGAGCAGUACCGUGAGCUGCGCCCUGGCAGCCCCUAUGGCAUCCCCCCAUCCCCAGCUGCCCUGCAGAGCCUCCCCGGCCCCCAGCCCCUCCUCUCCAGCUUGGUGUAUCCAGAUGCCAGCCUGAGCCUCGUACCCACGGGGGCCCCGGGUGGGCCCCCGCCCAUGAGGGUGCUGGCAGGGAACGGACCCAGCUCCGACCUGUCCACAGGGAGCAGUGGAGGCUACCCGGACUUCCCCGCCAGCCCUGCCUCCUGGCUGGACGAGGUGGAUCACGCCCAGUUCUGA